GCUGGGUCCUGGCAGGACUCGGAAGCCGAUUUCCGUUUCCGUCUUCGUGUCAGCUGGUGGAGGGCGGCCGCGGCGGGACGAGCAGGGCAGGGAGUAGCGGGGCCGUGUCUGUCCGCGGGGGCCCUCCGCCGCCAUGGAGACGCUGUUCCGCCUGCCCUUCGCUGUGCUCGAGUGUCCCAACAUCAAGCUGAAGCGGCCGAGCUGGGUGCACAUGCCCUCGGCUAUGACCGUUUACGCGCUGGUGGUGGUGUCCUACUUCCUCAUCACCGGAGGGAUUAUCUACGAUGUAAUUGUGGAACCUCCCAGCGUGGGGUCGAUGACAGAUGAACACGGGCACCAGAGGCCGGUGGCCUUCUUGGCCUACAGAGUAAAUGGACAAUAUAUUAUGGAAGGGCUUGCAUCCAGCUUCCUCUUCACAAUGGGUGGCAUAGGAUUCAUCAUUCUGGAUCGAUCCAAUGCACCAAAUAUCCCCAAGCUGAAUAGGUUUCUUUUGCUCUUUAUUGGAUUUGUCAGCGUGCUCUUGAGCUUCUUCAUGGCCAGAGUUUUCAUGAGGAUGAAAUUACCGGGCUACUUGAUGGGUUAGUACUUCUUGUGAUGUAUGAAAGUUUGAGCUGAAUUUACUCCUCUUCAGGAAGUGUUUAAGAAGAAGCACCAAAAACCAAAUUCCACAGUCACCAUCAACAGGAAAGAAACCUGGCCAUGAGGAACAACUGGGGAAAGAGUGCUUUCUCUGCAAAUAAACUCUCACUACCAGUGGCUGAUUUGUGGCUUUGAAGCAAUGUAUUACCAUGCUGUUUGAGCUUUUGAAAAGAGCAAGUUACCUAACUGGGUUUUUCUUUUAUAUCUGAACUCAGUAUGAAAUAGAGAACCUAUCUCUAGCUCCACUUGAAAUGAGUGGUAGCCAUUGGCUUGACAGUUCUUUGUUGCAGGUCUGUCUCCUUUUCCUUGUGUCAGACACUUAUAUGUGUGAAUUGGAGAAGAAACACUAGAAACAUUUCUUUCCAAGUUAUAAUUAGAAAAUUAGUAACUUUGGGUGCUUUACAGUCAAAAUACAAUGUGUUUGAAAUGAUAUCGAAGGCACCUUUUGCCUUGAUAUUAAUGGCUAUAUGUGAGCAAAUCCAAACAUGCACUGGGAAAGGCAAACUGUAUGAAUGUGCAUUUCUUUUUGAAAAAGUGUAUGAAAGGAGCCAAAUAAAACUUAUUUUCUACAAAAUUA